GUAUGAAGGUCCUCAUUUCCCUCAUAAUGAUUGUUGUCAUAGUAGCCUCAAAGACGACGCUAGCUGAAAGUGGAGACUACAAGUUCACGAUAAGUUUCUCAAAGAACUCAAGCAACAGCAGCAAUUCUGAUGUAUCGUUAGGUUUGACCGUAGGGUCAACAUCUCAACCAUUGUCAAACAGUCAAUUGGCAUCAGGAGUGUGUGUGAAUGUGGGAACUAACAAUUACCAAUUAGGCACACAGAGCACUACUUUGAAAGGAUUUGCCAUUGAAUGGACCUGCUCAAGCGCCUGUACAUCCUUGGCUGCUGUCUACUUCGGAGUGAACUUCUAUGCAGGUGCUAGCUUUGGCCAAACUACUGUGCAUGUCCCCUCAGCUCAGAGUUCUUUGAGUGCUGUUACUUCUCCAGCUGGUACUAACGACAAUAAUUCUACUGCUAAGACUAUUUCGCAUAGUUGGGCUGGACUGACUCCUACUCAGCUAGCCAGUAUUGUCUACUUCCCAAACCAGACUGAGACCUGGUAUGUCAGAUGCUUUGGAAAGUUCAAUUACGCUUCCUCUCUUAACUACGCUAGUGGAAUCACUGAUCUGACCUCAACUGUUGGAAAUGGGAAGAACUUGUCUUUGAAUGGUCACGGAUAUCAAGCAGCCACCAUCCUCGCUGUUGUAGGAACCCUGGUUGCAUCUCUUACAUAAG